AUCACCCAACGCGAAGUCGUAAGAGAUGGGGAGGCCGCACGUAGUGAUGCUUUCAAUCCCUGGCCAAGGCCACAUAAACCCCAUGCUCGAACUGGCUCAAAUCCUCCACUCCAGAGGCUUCUUCAUCACGUUCGUCACACGAGCUCAGCGAGAGAGCAUCCUCAGAUCUCAAGGCCCUGACGCUCUUCGUCGGGAUUCGAGAAUUUCCGAUACGAGGCAAUCCGACGGGUGUUCUGUCGCCCGCUUCGCGGACCCGGAGAGCCAUGUCGUUAGGUGGUGCCUGAUGACCUACGAGAAUUGCGCCGCCCCCUUCAAAGAUCUCCUGGUGAGGCUCAACAGCUUACGCGGAGGUGCCGAGGGUCACUUGCGUCGUGUAGCUCUGGAUGUUGCCGAGGAGCUGAGUAUUCGUUCGUUUGUGUUCAUGACGAUGAGCGCUUGCGGUUUCAUUUGCUCCCUUUACUUGGACGAGGUCAUUCGAAGAGAUGAUAACAAUUUAACCAUGGAUACACCCAUUGAUUUCAUUCCGGGUCUGAAAGAUAUCCGACCGAGAGACCUCCCUAGCUUCGUCAGAACAGCUGACCAAGAAGAUUUCAUUUUCAAACUGGCCCAGAACGCAGCGAAAAAGUCCGUCGGAGCUAAAAACCUGCUGCUCAACACCUUUGAUUUAUUGGAGGAUGAAGUCUUGAAUGCCCUAAAAUCUAAGUUUCAAAAGGUAUACACUGUAGGGCCCUUGGCAAGCCAUAAUACUACAACUCCCACUAAACCUAUGCGCUUAAGCCUUUGGAAAGAAGAGGAUCGUGGUUACACGGAAUGGCUAAAUCAACAAAGACCCAGUUCAGUUAUCUAUGUCAACUUUGGGAGUAUCAUUACAAUUACGACCGAAGAAUUGGUUGAGUUUGCUUGGGGGCUUGCUAACAGCAAUCACCCCUUCCUGUGGGUAAUUAGGCAUGAUCUUGUUUGUGGUCGUAGUGCCGUAUUGCCUAAAGAUUUCCUCGACAAAACCAAGGAAAGAAGCUACAUAUUGAGCUGGUGCUCUCAAGAUGAAGUUAUUUCGCACAAGUCCAUUGGUGGAUUCCUAUCGCAUUGUGGAUGGAACUCGACGCUGGAGAGCAUAAAUAGUGGUGUACCGAUGAUUUGCUGGCCGAGGUUCGAUGAUCAGAAUAUGAACGCUCGAUACGUUUGUAAGGAAUGGGGAUUUGGCAUAGAGAUUGACGAAGAUGUGAAGAGAGGGCAAGUUACUAGCAAAGUGAAGGAGUUGAUGGAGGGAGAGAAAGGGGACGAGAUACGCAAGAAUGUUGUUUAUUGGAGAGAGAGGGCUAAGAAAGCGGCUACGCAAGGUGGAUCUUCUUAUGAGAACAUUAAUGAAUUGAUUGAAGACAUAAAUUUGGUUUGAGUUACUCUUGUUAUAAGAAAAGAUUCGGUUUAAUUUGAAUACUACUGUUAUCUAUGGGUAUGAUCAUGUAUUUGCUGAAAAUGAACACCUAGAGAUUGAUAUCAUUUGCUGUUAUGAUUUUAUUUAACUUAUCAUUGUAUUUAAUUAACCGUUCUCAUGCUAUU